CACCCACCUCCGUAGCUUGCUAGCCAACAUAGCCGAAAGAUUCAAGCUAUUUAUACGCUUUCGGUGUAUAUUAGCUACUGUGUUUUAGACACACAUCUGUCGUUUCAACGUGUUAACCUAUUUAAUUUAAUAUUACGUUAGUUUGUAUUAGUCAGCUAUAGUAGUUGGGUGGUUAAGUUAGCACUAAUCUAGUUGCUAAUGCUAAUGAUGAACUAACUAGCUAACAUCCCCGAACAUGAGCUCCCUAAACGACUCUCCUCCUGUUAAAGAAGAGGAGGGCUGCUGGACGGAGAAUGAAGCUCUGGGGCUGAACAUUGUCGUGAAAGAGGAGAAGGAAGAAGAGGAUGUCACAGUUAAACAAGAAGUAGAAGUUGAGGCUGUUACAGUGAAAGAGGAAGAAGCGUUCAGAGUGAAAGAGGAGGAGGAUGUUACAGUAAAAGAAGAUGAGAAAGAGGAGGAUGCCGUUUCUGGAGUGAAGAAGGAAGGGGAGAUUACAGUCACAUUGAAAGAUGAAGAGGAUGAGAUAGGAGAUCUGUUUAACACCAGAGAGAGACCAGACUCUCGCUAUGACAGCGGGAAGAGUCCUUCAGGUGAGCCAGACCCAGAGACGCCCAAACCAGCAAGACAACACCACUGCUCCCACUGUGAAAAGAGUUUUCGCUGGUUAGGGAACCUAAAUCGCCAUGAGAGGACACACACUGGAGAAAAGCCAUACCACUGCUUCCACUGUGAAAAGAGAUUUUCCAGAUCAGGGGACUUAAAAGUUCAUGAGAGGACACACACAGGAAAAAAUCCUUUCCAAUGUUCACAGUGUGAAAAGAGUUUUAUUCAGUUAGGAAGCCUGAAGGAGCAUGAGAGAAUACACACCGGAGAAAAGCCUUACCACUGCUCCCAGUGUAAAAAUAGUUUUUCACGAGUAGGGGCCCUAAAAGCUCAUGAGAGGACACACACAGGAGAAAAGCCUUUUCAAUGCUCACAGUGUAAAAAGAGUUUUACUGUGUUAGCUAAUCUGAAAAGGCAUGAGAGAAUACACACAGGAGAAAAUCCUUAUCACUGUUCCCACUGUGGAAUUAGUUUUAUUCAGUUAGCGAGCCUGAAGGCGCAUGAGUGGACACACACAGAAGAAAAGCCUUUCCAGUGUUCCCAGUGUAGAAAGAUUUUUACCCUGUUAGCUAACCUGAAAAGGCAUGAGAGAAUACACACAGGAGAAAAGCCUUACCACUGCUUCCAAUGUGAAAAGAGAUUUUCCCGAUCAGGGGACCUAAAAGCUCAUGAGUGGACACACACGGGAGAAGAACCUUUCCAUUGUUCCCAGUGUGGAAAGCGUUUUACUGUCUUAGCUAACCUGAAAAGGCAUGAGAGAAUACACACAGGAGAAAAGCCUCAUCACUGUUCCCACUGUGGAAUGAGUUUUAUUCAGUCAAGGAGCCUGAAGGAGCAUGAGUGGACACACACAGGAGAAAAGCCUUUCCAAUGUUCCCAGUGUGGAAAGAGUUUUAUCGUGUUAAGUAACCUAAAAAGGCAUGAGAGAAUACACACAGGAGAAAAGCCAUUCCAAUGUUCCCAUUGUGGAAACAGUUUUACUCAGAGAGGGCACCUACAAGAGCAUGAGAGAAUUCACACAGGAGAAAAGCCUUACCACUGCUCCCAGUGUAAAAAUAGAUUUUCCCGAGUAGGGGACCUAAAAGCUCAUGAGAGGACACACACAGGAGAAAAGCCUUUCCAAUGUUCCCAUUGUAGAAAGAGUUUUACCGUGUUAGCUACCCUGAAAAGGCAUGAGAGAAUACACACAGAAGAAAAUCCGGGCACUGAAGACGUGGAUGUCGAUUAAGGCAGCCCCUCGCACCUCUCUGAUUCAGAGGGGUUGGAUUAAAUGUGGAAGACACAUUUCAGUUGAAGUUGUACAACUGACUAGUUAUCCCCCUUUGCCUAUAGAGCUCUGCUAUAAACAUGAGAGCAAGAUUAGAUUUUAUGUUCUGCAUUAUUAUUAUUAUUAUUAUGGAGGCCACCACGUUAAGAAAUUAUGGUAUGUUCUGAAAACUGACUUCAGGUUUUUGAGGAAUCUAGUCUUGCAGGAAGACAGUUUUAUUUUAUGGAGGUUUAAUUCAGUUCUCUUCUCAGUAUUUGGUAUGAGAGGGACUAGACUUAUCACUGCUCCCAGUGUGGAAAGAGUUUUACCUGGUUAAGGAGCCUGAAGGAGCAUAAGACACACCAAAAAAGCCUUACCACUGCUCCCAGUGUAAAAUUGAUUUUUACGAGUAGGGAACCAAAAAGCUCAUGAGAGGACACACACACAGGAGAAAAGCCUUUCCAAUGCUCCCAGUGUGGAAAGAGUUUUACCUGGUUAAGGAGCCUGAAGGAGUAUAAGAAGACGCACCAAAAAGGCCCUACCACUGCUCUCUCUCUGUGUGGAAGGACAUUUUCCCAGUCACAGAACCUGAAAUCACAUGAGAGAAUAAAGGCGCGGUGUUCUGACUUAUUUCUGACUGAGAAUUGCCACAUGAAAUCAUAUUGUUUAUGAUAAUGCAUGUUUAUAUAAGGUCCCACAGUUGACAAUGCCCGUGAGAGCAAACACCAAACAAUAAGGUCGAAGAAAUUGUCCAUGGAGCUCCGAGACAGGAUUGUGUCGAGGUACAGAUCUGGGGAAGGGUACCAAAAAUUGUCUAGCAUUGAAGGUCCCCAAGAACACAGUGGUCACCAUCAUUCUAGAAUGGAAGAAGCUUGGAACCACCAAGACUCUUCCUAAAGCUGGCCGCCCGCCAAACUGAGAAAUGGGGGUAGAGGGGCCUUGGUCAGGGAGGUGACCAAGAACCCGAUGGUCACUCUGACCGAGCUCCAGAGUUCCUCUGUGGAGAUGGGAGAACCUUCCAGAAUGACAACCAUCUCUGCAGCA